AUGUCUUCUGAGUCGACUAAAAUUGAAACAACAGAUUCUGUGUCACAAGCUUCUGAAACAGUAAGAGAAUGCCGUAAUCGUUUAGCCAGAGAUCGAUAUACAAAACGGAUGUCACAGGAAACUAUGUAUGCUGGGCAUACAGAAAAUACACGUGAUCGAAAGAACCGGCUUGCAAGAGAAGCACGAGCACUUCGCACAUCUACUCUUACUAAUCAACAGCUUACACAACAGCGUGCACAGGAACGAAAAACUUAUGCACGACGAAUGGCGGAUGAAACAAUCGAACAGACUGAACAAAGGCGAAAAAUUAGAAGGAAAACUUAUGCACAGCGAGUAACUUCUAAAACUAUGGAAGGCAUUAAAAAACAAAGAACCAAACGUAGAAAAUCAAAUCAUCAUACAGCUCGAAUAGAUCAAUAUGACAGUAAUAGUAUACAAUUACAUGACUUGGGUUCUAUGGAUAUUAAUUGUGUAAAUUGUGGUGCCUUGCAUUGGAAAAAUGAACGAGUUGCUGGAACAGUGCAGGCGCCAAUCUUUAGCACAUGCUGUGCAAAGGAUAAGGUACAUCUACCAUCACUAACUCCAACUCCUCCAGGUUUACUUGCUCUAUUAACUGAGGACCAUGCACGUGCACGUGACUUUCGGAAUAAAAUCCACAUGUAUAACUCGGCUUUGGCAUUUACUUCAAUGGGUGCUAAAAUUGAUGAGCGAGUGGCAGGAACUAGCGGUGUAUAUACCUUUCGCAUUCAUGGAGAGAUGUACCACCAGAUAGGCACGCUUUUGCCAGAAAAUCAAGCCAACCCAUUAUUUUGCCAGAUCUAUAUGUACGAUACAGAUGAACAACAGAGAUAUAGACAAUGCAUCAUGCCCAAUUUAGACAAUUUUAUGCUUUUUGAGCUUCAAGAAAUACUUCAUAAGGUAAAUCCGUAUGUACAUACCUUUCGGCAAGCUGCACAGCUACUACGAGAAAAUCCAACACAAGAUCUAAAAAUGAUGAUUGUCAAAUCACGCAAUAAACACCAGUACACUACACCUACUGCAUCAGAAGUUGCUGUGCUUAUAGUUGGAAAUAAUCAAGAAUCUGAAUGUUUAAACUGUGAUAUUAUUUUACAUAAGCGAAAAGGUGGUCUUCAACGAAUUUCUCAAAUUCAUCCCUCUUACAUUCCAUUGCAUUAUGUAUUGCUCUUUCCACAUGGUGAGCCUGGAUGGCAUCCCAAUAUCCUUACAUGUAAUACAUCAUGUGAUCAAACAAGUGAUGAUACUGAUAACCUUGAAAACCAUGAUAAUAAUGAGGAAGAAGACUUACGACGUGUAACAAUGAUGCAGUAUUAUGCUUAUCGCCUACAAGUGCAUAGAUAUGUACCUCAGGAAUCAUUUGCUCUUCAUAGAGCUGGACGCCUGUUUCAGCAAUAUAUUGUUGAUGCCUAUGCCUGUAUUGAACAGAAUCGGCUUUACUAUCUCAGGUCAAACCAGAAACAAAUUCGGAUUGAUUUAUAUAGUGGAUUACAAGAUAUGCUUAUAGCCAAUGAUGAACUUCCACAAAAUGGAACCCAUAUUGGGAAACGUAUUUUACUUCCAUCUAGCUUCAUUGAGAUCAGCAAUAGAAAUAAAACAGAUAUUAACUCAAACAUACCAGAAGUGACAGAUGAAAUUCAACAAUAUAUUGAUGCACGCUAUGUGUCAGCGUCAGAAUCCUUCUGGCGCAUUAUGCACUGCAAAAUGCAUGGCGAGGCACCUAAUAUUAUUCGAUUGGCUGUGCAUUUACCCAGACAGCAUUUGGUGACGUUUGCCGAUAAUGAAUCAUUAGAUGUUAUUAUACAGCGGGCAAGUGAUCAAAAAACAACUUUAACAGCGUGGUUUCAAGCUAACAGUGAUCCCUCUCUUUCAGCCCAAGCAAAGAAAUGCACAUAUGCACAAUUUCCAUAUAAAUUUGUUUUUAACAAAUGUUCUAAGAAGUAG